AAGAGGCGCUGCUGCGAUCGGUAGGAAUAGACGUUACAAAGAAAAAAAAAAGACAAUUAAAAGAAAGGAAUCAAAUCACGACGAACGCGCUUAAGUGGGAAGUAAGACAGGAGACAUGCAGUCGGGCAUCCUCAUCAGCUUCAUCAUCACGACGGCUGUCUCUGCUUUGACAGGAGCUCCGGUGAAGUCGAGUAACCUGAAGACGGUGGCAGAAGAAGACGAAACAGUUUUGGAUUUCUCAGAGAGUCCUGCCGAGAGUCAAGGCCUGAUCUUGAAAAUCCUUUCUGCCUUUGAAGAGGAUCACAAGAGCCACCCAUUUGCAGACCUCCAAGCAAAUAGGAGACCUGUGGGGAGGAAGAUGAAAAUGGGAUUGUCGGAGAAAAACCCCACGGCAUCCACCGCCCUGCUGUUGUUCGGGGAGCCUCUGCCGGGAAGAACAGUUAAGAAGGCCUCGCCGCCGGCCGGCAAAAAGCCCAAGAAGAGAGCCUGCUUUUGGAAAUACUGCAUCCAGAACUGAGCUGCCACACCGGAACUCAAUGACAUCCUCAAUCCACGACGCCGCACCGGAACUCCUUCACAGCCCGGGGGGAUUCGGACAAGAGGCCUAACCCUAGCCUGUUAACUUCAUCCUGACCUGUGUGCACAUUGUGCGCAUUAAGAAGACCUUAAGAUUUAACAAAUAAAUGUGUGCAGAUGAAAGAAUAAACAGAUUUUUAUUUUUGUAUAAACUGUGGUUAUC